AAAUUUAUAUGCAAUAGUAGGAGUAACUCUUCUAGGCUUCUAGCUUAUGAGUAUAAUCCAUUAACCUCUCAUUCUUCCCUCUUUAGGACAGCUCACAAAUAGACAACAAAAGGAUGUAAAGGGCCAUACAUAUCUUAUGACAUCCUUUUGUACUUAUCCAACUUUCUUAAAUACUCGUACUAUAGCCAAUAAUGUGUUAAAUGAAUAAAAGCCAAACAUGCUCAGCUAAAAAUAAUUUCCUACAAGAUAAUACGGCUCUAAUCACAUCAUUUUAUCCUACUUUGGAGUGUAAAUACAACUUUGUAACAGAAAGAUGCAACAAAAGACCUCUCUUUUAGCCAACCUUCAUAUUGCAUAAUAAUAAUAAGCAUAAGAAGCAUAGUUUAUGUCAUGAUAGAGUACUUUUUUUUUUUUUAUUCAAUUGCGUUGAAUCUACACUUUAGAACCAUGUGCGCAUUAUCACUAUAGUAUUGAUUUUUUGAAUAUACUUUAUGUCUUUAUCUUUAUUUGAUACCAUCCGCAUUGGUUCCGUCAACUAAAACAACAAUUGACUAUUAAUCUUUCUUAAAAGAACCAUGUAUAUUUAUAACUCUAAACCUUCUUCUAAGUAAACCACCCACCUAUAAUCAAACAAAAUCUAUCAGAGAUGACAACAUAUAGUAAUGAUUAUGAUCGCCGUAAAGACCUAGAGGAAUUCGAAGAUACCAAACUCGGCGUGAAGGGCCUGGUUGACUCCGGCAUAACUCACGUCCCACGUAUCUUCCACCACCCACCUGAGACCCUCUUUGAUCAUGAACAGCCCCAAACACCCAACCCAGAUGGUGAGCAAAUCAUACCUGUCAUUGACCUCUCAGGUAAGCACGAGGAAGUGGUAAAGCAGCUGCGAGAUGCCUCGGCUAAGUUCGGGUUCUUUCAGGUGAUCAACCAUGGGAUAUCAGUCUCCCUUCUGGACCGUCUGCUUGAUGCUAUUAAGGCCUUCCAUGAGCUGCAACCAGAGGAGAAGAUGCAGGUUUAUCAUCGCGAAACAGUCACUGCAGGCGGUGGAGUGGGGUUUUACUCCAACUACGACUUAUUCCAAUCAAAAGCUGCAAGCUGGCGAGAUACACUUGCAAUUCGUCUUGCUCCCAUCCCAGUCGAUCCCAGUAUAAUCCCUGAAGUUUGCAGAACAGAGGUGAUGGAGUGGGAUAAGGAAGUGAAGCAGCUCGCCGACCAACUCAUGGGAUUGCUAUCUGAAGGGUUGGGACUAAGUGCUGAUAAAUUGACAGGGACGUCUUAUUUAGGAAGGAGAGCUGUGGCCGGUCAAUAUUAUCCAUAUUGUCCAGAGCCAAACAAGACGGUAGGUAUAGCUUCGCAUACAGAUCCUGGGAUUCUGACAGUCUUGCUGCAGGAUCAAGUGGGUGGGUUGCAAGUUAAGUAUGGUAGCAAUUGGAUCAAUCUGAAACCAGUUCGCGGUACUCUUGUUAUUAACCUCGGAGACUUAUUCCAGAUAAUAUCAAAUGAUGAAUACAAGAGCGGAGAACAUCGUGUAUACGCUAAUCCUUUCCUCAAACCACGAGUAUCAAUCGCAUUCUUCUUAAGCCCAGGUAUUUAUGAGAAUCUAUAUGGACCUUUGCCGGAGUUGGUAUCACCUGAAAGACCAGCACUAUAUCAGCAACACACUUUCUCGGAUUUGGUAAAAAAUUUCUUCUCAAAGGAGUUGGAGGGAAAGUCCAUGACCAGCUACUUCAGAUUGUAAUAAUGUGAUCUUUGGUUCCAUGAUAUUAGCUUCAAUUUGUAUUAUUGGUUGUAUGAUACAAGGCUUGGAUAAAAAUGAAAUAGACAUUUAACUAUGUAAUAACAAAGUUUAUUUUGCCAGAUGAGAUAAUUUAGAAUAUUCCUCAAAUGUGA